CGACAACAACCACGCCUUCCACCCCGACCACAACCACAACCACAACCGUGCCUUCCACCCCGACCACAACCACAACCAUGCCUUCCAACCCGACAACAACCACAACCACGCCUUCCACCCCGACAACAACCAUGCCUUCCACCCCGACAACAACCACAACCACGCCUUCCACCCCGACAACAACCACAACCACACCUUCCACCCCGACAACAACCACAACCACGCCUUCCACCCCGACAACAACCACAACCACGCCUUCCACCCCGACAACAACCACAACCACGCCUUCCACCCCGACAACAACCACAACCAUGCCUUCCACCCCGACCACAACCACAACCACAACCGUGCCUUCCACCCCGACAACAACCACAACCACGCCUUCCACCCCGACCACAACCACGAUUGCCCCACAGAUCUUACACAAGACUACCACCCCGACCCCUGAGAAACCUCAACUGAAGAGACAGGUGGUGAGAAUGAAGAUGACCCCAAAGGAUCCAAAUAUGAACCUCAGUGAUCCUGCUGUUCAGGACUCCAUCUUACAAGAGAUAAGGAACAAGCUGAAGGAGCAGGGGUUACCUGCAGACACCAAAGUGACAUGGAAAAAGCAGCCUGAUGGGAAGGUCUUCCACAAGGAGGAAGAGGGGUCUCCCAAGAAAGAAGAGGAGGAGAAGAAGAUGAAGAAGAGUAUGAUGACAAAGAGAGAACUCUAGUUAUGUAAAAUGUUCUCCUUUCAUUUCUC